GAAAUUAUUGCUUCAACUCAAUUAUUGAAGUAAGCAACACAGCGUGUACUUGGCUAAGCUACACUGCAAAGUAGAAACUUUGCGUUCUUCAGAAUUCUGAGUGUUGAGUGUAUACCACAACCCACUUCCCUUACCCUUUCAUAUACUUUCUUGAUCUUGUGAAGAUGGCUGCUGAACUUGUUGGAGGAGCUUUUCUCUCUUCUUUUCUCAAUGUCCUUUUUGACCGCCUGUCUGACCCUGCAAUCAUCAACAUGAUGAAAGGAAAGAAGGUUGACCAGAAGCUGCUUCAAAAGCUGGAGACCAUUUUGAGUGUGGUUGAAGCUGUGCUGAAUGAUGCUGAGAGGAAACAGAUUUCUAACCCUGCUGUCAAGAGGUGGCUUGAAAAUCUCCAAGAUGCUGUCUAUGAUGCUGAUGACUUGCUGGACGAAAUCGCCACCAAAGCUGCCACUCGGAAGGAUCCACCACCAGGUAACUUCCUGUCUCGCCUUCUUAAUUUGCAAGAUAGGGAGAUGGUUACUAGGAUUGAAAAAAUCAUUGCUAGACUACAAGAUAUUGCAAAUCACAAAGAUAUCCUUGGUCUAGAAAAGGCUAUAAAGAAUAAUCACAUGUCAGGGAGAAUUGAAUCAACCUCUCUUGUUCAAAAGUCUGAUGUUUUUGUUGGUAGGGACCAAGAGAGGGAGGGUAUGGUCAAGUUGUUGUUGGAUGAUAGUAAUGAUGGUGAACUAUCUGUGAUCCCCAUCUGGGGCAUGGGUGGGAUCGGAAAAACUACUUUGGCUCAAUUGGUUUUCAAUGAUGAAAGAGUGCAGCAAAGGUUUAAUGUUAAAACAUGGGUUUGUGUUGGGGAAGAAAUUGAUGUUCUUAAGGUGACUAAAACUGUGGUAGAGAAAGCAACUUCUCGUCCUUGUAACUUGAAUGAUUUAGAUUCAGUUCAGCUUUGGUUGAAGAAUGAGCUAGCAGGGAAUAGUUUCUUGGUUGUUUUGGAUGACAUGUGGAGUAACAAUUAUAUGGCUUGGAAAAAGUUGCUAACUCCUUUUCAAUGUGGAACUGAGGCAGGGAAGCAUGGAGGUAAGAUUCUUGUGACAACUCGUUAUGAAAAGAUUGCAAAUAUGGUCAAAAGUCAUGACCAUCAAGCCCACAAUUUGAGUGUGUUGAAUGAUGAAGAUUGUUGGUCAUUGUUGGCAAAUCUCACCUUGCUUUCUAAAGACUGUUUAGGUUUUGAAAAUGUAGGGAGAGAAAUCGUUAAAAAGUGUAAAGGAUUACCUCUGGCUGUUCAAACACUUGGGAGCUUACUAAGUACCAAAGAUGAUGAAAGGGAUUGGAAUGAUAUUUUGAACAAUGAAAUUUGGGAUUUUUCUGAAGAGGAAAGUGAGAUUCUGCCUGCGUUGAGGAUCAGUUAUUACCACCUUCCUUCGUACUUAAAACGUUGUUUUGUUUAUUGUUCUUUGUAUCCCAAGGACUAUGUGUUUGAUAGAGAUGAAUUGAUGUUAUUGUGGAUGGCAGAAGGUCUUUUGCAACAACCAAGGAGCGGAAGCACUUUAGAAGAAGUUGGUUAUCAAUAUUUUGAUGAUUUAGCUUCAAGAUCAUUUUUUCAACCUUCUAAUAAUGCUCAUGUAAAUUCAUUUGUGAUGCACGAUCUCAUGCAUGAUUUAGCGACAUUCUAUGGUGGCAAGUUCUAUUUUAGAACCUUUGAACUCAAAAAUGUACUCAGGCAUGAUGCCAAAACUCGUCAUUUGUCAUAUGCCCUUUGCAGCAAUGAUUCAAUCUCAAAGAUUGUGGAAGUAUGUGAUAGUUUAAAGCAUGCAAGGACAUUGCUGAAAAUCAAUUUGGGUAUAUAUCAUGGAUUCUCAAAGGGAAUAAUCGAUCCUUGUCACCUGCUAGAAGAACUGAAGUGCUUACGAGUAUUGUCAUUUAAAUCCUUUUCGCAUGAGGAAGACUUGUUGCACGAUUCAAUUGGUGAAUUGAUUCAUUUGCGUUAUUUAGAUCUUUCUUACACAUCAGUUGUAACAUUGCCUGACUCAUUGUGUGAUUUGUACAAUUUACAAACUUUGAAGUUGAGCAACUGUAAGAAACUUAAAAAGCUUCCCUCCAACAUGCAAAAUCUUGUGAAUUUGCGUCAUCUUGAUAUUAAAGGCACUGAACUGGAAGAGAUGCCAAAAGGUAUGGGAAAAUUAAAAGACUUGCAGAUUCUGCGUUACUAUAUUGUUGGCAAGCAUGAAGAGAAUGGUGUUGGGGAAUUGGGAGAACUUGUAAAUCUUGGAGGGUCAUUUCGGAUUGAGAAAUUGGAGAAUGUGGUUAACAGCAGGGAAGCUUGGAGGGCAAGGAUGGUUGAUAAGAAAUACAUGAGUGAAUUAUGUUUGGAGUGGUCAUCAGGUGAAGAUAGUGAGAUGGUUGAUUCCCAAAUCGAAAAAGAUAUACUUGCCAAAUUAGAACCUCACAAAGGCCUGAAAGAACUAAGAAUGAAGGGUUACAGGGGUACCAUGUUUCCAGAUUGGGUAGGGCAGUCUUUGUACCACAACAUAACUGAGUUGGUGCUGAGUGGAUGCGAGAAUUGUUGGGUGCUUCCUUCACUUGGACAAUUACCCUCUCUAGAGUGGCUGGAAAUUUCAGAUUUUGACAAGGUGAAGAUGAUUGGUGGUGAAUUCUACAAGGAUGAUGGAACUGAUCAUCAUUGCGAAAUACCCUUCCGAUCCCUUAAAACUCUUGAUAUUUCAGGAAUGCCUUGCUGGGAGGAAUGGGAGUCGUUUGAAUGUGAUGACGAUGAUGCACCAUUUCCUCAACUUGAGGUGCUCAGUAUAUGGGAUUGUCCUAAGUUAAGAGGAGAUUUUCCCACUUUCCUUCCAUCUUUGAAGGAUCUCGGCAUUGCACGAUGCGAGCAGCUUGGUUGUUAUCUGCCAAGAGCUCCCAUCAUUCGCCAAUUAAGAAUAUUUGACAUACAAGAAGCAAGAAUGCGGGACGUACCACUUUCCACAUUGGAAUCACUAUCGAUUAGUGGAGAGCAACAGGUGGAGUACGUGUUCAAUGCCAUGACCCGCACCCAACCAACCUCUCUCACAUGGCUAAAAAUCUCAAACUGCUCAUCAGCCAUAUCAUUUCCAGGGGAUUCUUUGCCCCCUUCAUUGCUAUCUCUGUACAUCAUAGAUUGCAAGAAUGUUGAAUUCCCAAUGCAACACCAACAACAUCACUCACUACAGAGCUUACAUAUAUACAACAGCUGCGAUUCACUUACAUCCUUUGCAUUGCCAGCAUUCCCAAAUCUCAAAUAUAUGAGAGUCCAAAGAUGUGAAAAUUUGACAUCUCUCGAGGUGUCACAGUCACGGUCCCUUCAAGACUUAUCAGUUUCAGAUUGCUCCAAGCUGGAGAACAUAAGGCUGCCUGCCACUUUAAGUCAACUCAGAAUUAAUAAAUGUCCGUUGUUGGACGAACGCAUACAGAAGAAGGACCCCCACAUUUGGCCAAUCAUUUCCCACAUCUCCUACAUUUCUGUUAAUGGGAAAUGGAUUCGCAAUGACUCAACAUCUUAAAACUGGGACAUCCAAUGAUACACUAUCUUCUGGGACUCUGAAUUUGUUGGAUUGGGGUGCUGCACCUCCGUUCUUUAAUUAUUUGCUGGUUGAGUACAUGGACAAGGAGCUAGGUAUAUAGUUGAACUUUCUUGUUGCAAACAGAAACUUCAACCUGGACCAUUCUUAGAGCAAGAUUGCAAGAAACAAAUUGGAUCAAGUUGGAGUAAGCGGAAUUCAUGGAAGACAUCAUCCUCGACAAAAUCAAAAGAAGAAAUGGAUGAUGUAGAACAGAAUUUUGCAAGGAUAGAUAGACCAAUCAAAAUGCAACAAGAACACCUUCAAUUAUUCUUUUUUUUUUUUCCUUUAAGAGUUUUCAUUUCUUCAUCAUUUCAUUCUAUUUAAGGAUAGUUGAUAUAUGAAAGACUAAACUAUAUUAUGGAGCCAUCUUAUUGAAAUCUAACUCAUUUCAUGAACUUUAUAUGUGUAAGUUAAGCUAAUUGAUUAUUGCAAGUGAAAUAAUGAAAUA